GUUAAAUAGCAGUCAUUAUAUAAUGCUGGAGAUAGUUAUAAAAGAGUAGGCGGAUGCGUUCAGGUCAUCAUUUCGUUGUGUGUUGCCAAAAGAGAAUCAUGAAGUUCCUGCUGCUCACCGUAGCCUGCGCAGUGGCCGUCUCAGCCGUGCCCUACGGCCCCAUCUACGGCGGCGGCAUGGGCAUGGGCAUGGGCAUGCCCAUAGGCGGCGGGCUAGGCAUGGGUGCUGUCGGUGGCGGGCUAGGCAUGGGUGCUGUCGGUGGCGGGAUGGGCAUGGGUGCUGUCGGUGGCGGCCAGUACGGCGGUGGUCAGCAGUUUGGUGGCGGCAGCUCUGGGUUCGGAGGUGGUUCUUCGGCGGGAGGUGGGCAGCAAGGAUUCCAGCAAGGGGGACAACAGAGCAGCUUCCAUCAGGUAACAUCAGCCCAGCAGUCAUCUGGUGGAGCCGCAGGCGGUUCCUCCGGCUUCGGAACCCAGCAGGGCGGCGGUGGCUUCAACAACUUCGGGCAAGGGGCAGCCGGCUUCGGGGGAAGCGGCUUCGGCAAUUCGCUAGUCGGAAAGUAGAUGAUGAUGAUGGCUGAAUUUCCAAUGAAAAUUUUCUUCCAGAUUUCAAGGAUUUCGUUUAAGAAGAAUUUAAGAUAUUUGAUCAGAUUGACUGACUUGAAGAAAUGCUAUUAAUAUUGGAGAACCAAAAUGCAGAAAGAAUCAAUGGCCAUAAUGUUUGAGAAUGUUACAGAUAACACUUCAGAAGGGUUCAAAUGUAAUUCUCAAAUAUUUAGGUCGGAAAUUCACUUUAUUUAUAAAAAUGUUAGGGAACGAAUCAAUAAAGUAUUAUUUAUACA